UAGGCAAAGGUUGACAGCCAGAUCAGAUCUCAGCUUGUCUUUCUCUUGCAUUCGUUGGAUAUCCACUGAGCGAAGAUGCAGAACGGCACGGAAGGAAGCAACUUCUACAUCCCCAUGUCCAACAGGACUGGGCUUGUAAGGAGUCCUUUUCUAUACCAACAGUACUACUUGGCGCCUCCAUGGCAAUACUAUUGUCUUGCCUUCUAUAUGUUCUUCCUGAUCUGCUUUGGAUUCCCCAUCAACGGUCUGACCCUGUAUGUCACAGCCACAAACAAGAAGCUCCGGCAACCCCUUAACUUCAUCCUGGUCAACUUGGCUGCAGCUGGAAUGAUCAUGGUCCUCUUUGGAUUCACCAUCACCAUCACAUCUGCUCUUAACGGCUAUUUCGUCUUUGGGCCAAUGGGCUGUGCUAUUGAGGGCUUCAUGGCUACACUUGGAGGUGAGGUUGCCCUGUGGUCUCUGGUAGUGCUGGCUGUCGAGAGAUACAUUGUGGUCUGCAAGCCAAUGGGAAGCUUCACGUUCACUUCCACCCAUGCUGGUGCUGGUGUUGCAUUCACCUGGAUAGCUGCUAUGGCUUGUGCUGCUCCCCCACUGGUUGGAUGGUCCAGGUACAUCCCAGAGGGCAUGCAGUGCUCAUGUGGACCUGACUACUACACCUUGGCCGAAGGCUUCAACAAUGAAUCAUAUGUGAUCUACAUGUUUACCUGCCACUUCAUAUUACCAGUCUGUUUGAUCGCCUUCACUUAUGGAAGCCUGGUCCUCACAGUCAAAGCGGCUGCAGCUUCCCAGCAGGACUCAGCAUCUACCCAGAAAGCUGAGAAGGAAGUCACACGUAUGUGCGUCCUGAUGGUUUGUGGUUUCAUGAUCGCCUGGACCCCCUAUGCCAGCCUUGCUGCCUGGAUCUUCUUCAACAAAGGAAUUGCUUUCACUGCCCAGUCCAUGGCUAUACCUGCCUUCUUCUCCAAGAGCUCAGCUUUGUUCAACCCCAUUAUCUAUGUGCUGAUGAACAAACAGUUCCGUGGCUGCAUGCUGGCCGCUGUAGGGAUGAAAGCAGAAGAAGAUGAGACGUCUGUAUCAGCAAGCAAGACAGAAGUUUCUUCUGUGGGCCCUGCAUAGAGACUUUCCCUCAUCCUGCACUUCAUGCCCUCUGAUUUCUACCCUUGUCUAAUGCUCUACAAUUCAUGGACUGUUUUUGAAGACUUCUACCAAUUGGACAUUAUGUGCAGAUUAUUAUAUUUACUUGUAACAAUUGGACUCCAAAACAAACUCAAGAACUGCAUUUUGCUGCUUAGAUUCCUAAAAUGAACUGACGUAAACAGUUUUUGUAAUAAGUUUACUGCAGGUUGUGACAUCUAAUAAAACACCUGUUUUUUGUUCUCUUUGCUCUCACCGCAGUCAAGAGACAACUCCCCAACUGGAGGGCUAUAAUUUACGAUGGUAACAUCUAAAGGCAAGCUCAACAAUAAGACACAACCUAGUUUCUACAGUUCAUAAGGAACACGAGAUAAUGACGCAAAACCUCUCUUCACUAACACUGCGUCAUUCUGCACCGUGUCACUCAAUGUAGUUGAGAUUGGAUCACGAGAUUGUAUUUUUAUGUUAUUGUGAGGCUAGCAAUUAUUUUGCUGGCAUGUGUCAUCAUUUAAUGUAAAUAUUUUAUAAAUAACAAAAAAUUGUGGUACUAGAUAAAUAAAUGCAUGCAUAACAAAUA